UGUGACGUUUGUAGACAGCAAAAAGAGAAUACUUUUAUCGGGGGUGUGCAGUGAGACCAUCAAAAAGAAUAGUUGAUUCAGUCAUAAGGAGUGAAAGAAGAAUUUUGAAUUUAAUUCUAAAACAAUGGCAAGUUUAACGUGGAUGUUGACGCGAAAAUUGCCACAAGACCUCCUGAAAUCCGGCUUAAAUGUGAACAGUCGCCGAGUACUUUCAUCGGUAAAUAACCAAGUUAACCGCAAUUUUACAAACAAUGGCCAGAGUAGCUCAAGAUCCAGCAUAUUGACAUCAAAAGCGGCACAAACUGAACUAUUGACAAACUCCAAAUGGAUGCACCAAUCCAGAUUCAUACAUGCCACCAAUUCACUCUUGGAAGUUAUUAAAGUGCCACCAUUCGCCGAUUCAGUCUCCGAGGGUGAUGUAAAGUUUACGUGUAAAGUGGGCGAUGAAGUACGUGUUGACGAUAACGUAAUGGAAAUUGAAACUGAUAAAACGACCGUCGGUGUUCCAACGCCAGUUAGCGGUAUUAUCGAAGAGAUUUUCGUUCAAGAUGGUGAUACUGUGAAAGCCGGCCAAGAUUUGUUCAAAAUAAAACCGGGAGCCGUUAGUGAUAAGCCAAAAGCAGCUGCAUCACCUGCACCAGAAGCUCCAAAACCUCCCGUUCAAGAAGCACCAAAACCAAGUGCUGCUUCGGUGGCCCCAACACCCACAACACCGCCGCCACCACCACCACCAAGACCGGCACCACCACCACAACCAACUGGACCAGUGUCAACUGUUCCAAUAGCCGCUAUUCGACAUGCUCAAGUUGUUGAUGCUACAGUGAAAUUGCCUCCAGAAGAUUACUCACGUGAAAUCACUGGUACAAGAACUGAGCAACGAGUUAAAAUGAAUCGUAUGCGACUAAAAAUAGCUCAACGAUUGAAGGAUGCCCAAAACACCAAUGCAAUGUUAACUACUUUCAAUGAAAUUGAUAUGAGUUCUAUCAUGGAAUUCCGUAAAGCAAACUUGGAUGCGUUUCAGAAAAAAUACGGAAUCAAAUUGGGUUUUAUGUCAGUAUUUUCGAAAGCAGCUGCAUACGCACUACAAGAUCAACCAGUCGUUAAUGCUGUUAUAGAUGGAAACGAGAUUGUGUAUCGUGAUUAUGUUGAUAUUUCGGUUGCAGUAGCAACACCAAAAGGUCUUGUUGUGCCCGUUAUUCGUAACGUAGAAAGCAAGAACUAUGCUGAUAUUGAAAUCGCAUUAGCUGCACUUGGUGAGAAAGCUCGACGCAAUGCCAUCGCUGUUGAAGAUAUGGACGGUGGCACUUUCACAAUCAGCAACGGUGGUGUAUUUGGUUCACUGAUGGGAACACCAAUUAUUAAUCCACCACAAAGUGCGAUCUUGGGAAUGCAUGGCAUCUUUGACAGACCGAUUGCAGUCAAAGGACAAGUUGUCAUUCGUCCGAUGAUGUAUGUUGCUCUUACUUAUGACCAUCGUUUGGUUGAUGGACGAGAAGCCGUCAUGUUCCUGCGCAAAAUCAAGGCGGCCGUUGAAGAUCCUCGCAUCGUUUUAGCUGGACUCUAAAUAUUUUACCUAUUUUGUUGUCAAAUAUAUCUGGAAAUAAUACAUUCAUAUUCAAUAUAUGGCUUCUUCCCAACAAAAACAAAACAAAGAAAACUUAUCAUUUUAGUAAAAUAAAGGCACCAACAAACGAAUUAACUACAACAAAAAA